AAUGGCAAUCGGUUUCAUAUAGUUUCGGUUGAUUGGCAAACUCAGAACUGUGGUGUGUUGCAUGAGGGCACAGCAAUGUGUAUAGCUAGUGCAAAAGACAAUUCUCCAAUAGUUGAUGUUGUGUCUUACUAUGGCAGAGUGGUGGAUAUUAUACUGCUUGAUUACAAUGUCUUCUACAUUCCUAUAUUUAGGUGCCAAUGGGCAAAUAUAGGUAAUGGAGUAAAGGAAGAAGAUGGAUUCACACUUGUCAACCUUAACCAAAGUCAAGCUUCAUUUGCAAGAGAUCCAUACAUACUAGCAUCUCAAGCACAACAAGUUUUUUAUUCAAGGGUAGAUGAUUUAUCGAGUUUGUAUGUAGCUAUGAGAGAUUCUAAGAGAAGAUACAGUGCAGAAGAUGCUGAAUAUGGAACUGCGAACGUUGGGCCAUUGCAUGUAUUAGUAGACAUGGAUGAAGAUGACUUGCCAUUAGAUGAACUUAAUGAAGUGGAUGCUGAGUUAGAAGAUAAAGAGAAUGAUGAUGAAGACAAUGAAGACAAUGUAGUUGAACUAGUUGUUGAUGAUGCUUCUGCUGACAAUGAAGAUCACACUACGAAUGUUGCUGAAAAUGUUGCUGAACUAAAGCGUAAAAGGAAGCGAGGACCAACGAAGAUGAAAAACAUCGCCAAGGAUCCAAAUGAAAAGGUUCACGUUGAUUAUACUAUCAUGGGAGAACCUUGUGGUCCAGGGUCAAUACCUUAUGCAUCAUAUUUAGGUACAAUAGUAUGGGAACAUGUUCCUUUCACAAUCCGGGAUUGGAGGAAAGUAAGUGAAGAUAUCAAAACUGUUUUGUGGAAAUCUAUUGAGGCAAGAGGAGCUGAUAACAUGAAAGAUAGGAUGAGUCUGCGACCACCUAAUAUAACUGAACCAGAAUGGCGUAAGUUUGUCAAAGAGAAGACUAGUAAUGCAUUUAAGGUAAUAAGUGAUUCUAUGAAGACGAAAAGGAAGAUGCAGAUUCCUCAUUGUUGUGGCCGUGAAGGAAUGGUCAGAUUGAGAGAAGAGUUAAUCCAGAAAAGCUCAGACCCAUCCCAGGUGACAAGAGCAAAAGUGUGGAUCGAGUCACGGACCAAGAUAGAUGGUACUCCUGUAAAUAUCGAUGCGGCUGAAAAGAUUAGGAAAGCAGCCGAGCUAGAAAUUGAAGGUACUCAGGAUUCAGUUACAACAAAUCCAAAGGAAGAUAUACUUAGUCAAAUUUUGGGACCUGAUAAUCCAGGAAGACUGCGGGCAAUGGGCAGAGGGGAAAAGGGGAUUUUCAUACCCAGACAAGAGGGUGAUGUUGGUGAAAACUCUAUACAUAGGAGUGUAAAUACCAGAACACUUCCUAAGUGUAAUUUGGUUGACUGGACUUCUUUUGAUGAUAAUGUUGUUGAGGGCCGUAUUGUUUCUUAUGAUGCUGAUGAAUUAGUACAUGGGAUACCUUUAGGGCCUAAUGCAGUUAAGGUUUUUAUUGAAUCUGCUACCAAGCCAGAAGCUCCACUAUGGAGACCUAUACCUGAGAUGUCUACUAUUGAGGAUGUAGUUGGAGAAAUGAUUGCAUGGGAUGCCGAUUUAUGUAUUGUUCCAAGCGAAGGUGGCAUUGCAGAAGACAUUGCACCUAAGAGUCCUAGCACAAGUUCAAAAAACAGAUGCAAACUCAAGGCUUUGGGUAAGAAUGAUGAAGUGGUAGCUAAAGGCAGAUGGCAGUCUCGAGAACUGAAAGCGUUGGUAAAUGGACUUCCUAUUGGUCCAAAUGCAAUCAAAGUUUAUGUGGAUUCGGUUUUAAACACAAAGACAUGGCUAUGGAGGCCUACAGCGGACAUGAGAACUUUGCAUGAUUCUUUGAACUGUUUUAUAGUAUGGCCUGCAAAUAGAGUUGUGAUUGAGACAACAUCGAAUGAAUCCCCUGUUCUUCAACAAUCUACAUCUAAGGGAGGAAGCAUAAGAUCUCAUAAUGAGAUAUCUCCUGUAAUUUUUAAAUCUCCUAAUAUUCCUGUAUCUUCGACUAAAUCAGCAAGUCCAAGUUAUCAGAAGGACAAGUCUCCAGAAACUCCAAAAGCUCCUUUGAAGAAAACAAAACCAUCUCUGACAGGGGCAUCUCCUCGUCGCAAAUCACAGCCAUCUCUGACAGAUGCAUCUCCUCGUCGCAAAUCACAGCGUCUCGCUUUCAAAGAAAAUCAAAAAUGCAAGUUGAUAGAUAUAUCCGAACAGAAGCGCGUUGUUGCGGAAGGACGUUGGUCGUCUAGCGAUCCUGAUCAAGAGGUACAUCAUGUGAAGUUGGGGCCUAAAGCUUGUCGAGUACGGGUGGAUGUUGUGAUUGUUAACGAUGCUGCAGUUUGGAGGCAAUCUCCUGAAAUCGAGUAUAUGCAAGAUGCACAUGGAUCUUGUCUUGCCUGGCCAGAAGAUAAAAUUGUAAUGGUGGGAACGAAUGAGGACAAGUGAUGUUUCAGAUGGGGGAACGUGUUUUUUAGUUUAAAGACAUGACUAGCUACUUUGUGUUCUUUUGUGUCGUACACUGGAUCUUUGUCACUUUGUUUUUUUUUUUUUUGGAUUAUAAUGUUGAAUCAGAAUUUCUAUGUUUGAGAUAUUAAUUUAAUGGGACAAGUUAUUUAAUUUUCGUUUUUAAAAUGUUUGAGAUAUACUUAAAAAACUAUAUAAAAAGAUAAUAAGCCAAUUUUAAAAAC